AUGCGUGGUCUAAAUGAAGUUUCUAAGCAUCGUCCCCUCAGGAGCUGGAUGUAUAGUAAGUCAGUAUCCUUUGGUGCGCUUUUGGAGACGCACGUUGGCGAAGUAAAUAUACGCCAUAUAUUAUCUGCCUUAGGACCUCAGUGGUCUCUUAUCUCUAAUUAUGAGUACUCGGAGUUAGGAAGGAUCUGGAUUAUCUUCAAGGAUCCUGUGGAAGUUCGUGUUCUUUUCAAAGAUCAUCAGUCCAUCACUUGUGAGGUUUCAUUAGAGAAUGAAGAUCCUUUCAUCUAUACGGCGCUGUAUGCUUCAAAUUCGGAGGAGGAGCGUAGAGUUUUGUGGAAUUCCCUAAAAGAUACUUUUGUGUCUUUUCAACUGUCACAGAAAGUUUGGUUGGUGAAUGGUGAUUUCAAUGAAAUUACUUACCCCUUUGAGACAUCCAAUCUUAAUAUCCAUCACUCUACUCGAGGAAUGCGUGACUUCAGGGAAUGGUUGUUUAUUUCAGGACUAUUUGAUCUACCGUUCCAAGGCCCUUGUUUUACUUGGUCAAAUCAUCGUCCUGAGGAUCCAAUUGCAAAGAAACUGGAUCGAUGUCUAGUCAACGGUUCAUGGAUUUUACAUCAUCCGACUAGCCAUUGCUCUUUUGAGCCUCCAGAAUUCUCUGAUCACUGUCCUUGUCUUAUACGACUAGCCACUCCCCCACCUUCGUUUGGUUUUAGGCCUUUCCGGUUUUUCAACCUAUUGACCAAGCAUCAGCGGUUUUUAGCAACGAUCCAACAAUCUUGGAAUGAUGCAGAUAAUUUCAGUGACAUUGAAAGAAGAGUUUCAGAAGCUUCUUCAGCUUUAUCUUCUUUUCAACUGAACUCUCUACUUGAUCCCUCUGAGAUAAAUCUUUUGUUGGAAUCCCAAGUGAAGGAUCUUUGGGUUAGUCUGCAUGCUGCUGAAGAGAGUUUUUUCAGGCAACGCUCACGUAUCAAAUGGUUGGGUGAGGGUGACCUUAAUACAAGGUUUUUCCAUUCGAUAACUACAGCGCGUAAUGCCCAGAACUCAAUCAAGCAGCUCUUGAAGCCAGACGGUACAAAGACUACUUGUCUUCAAGAAGUUCAUGAAACGGCUGUUUCUUAUUACACCACCUUCCUCACUACUAUACGUGGAGUUUUCUCUCCGGAUUUACCAAGAUAUUUGGACACAUUGAUUAUGAAAUCUUGCUCUCCCACUCAGCAAAGCUUUCUCUCCCUUCCUUUCAAUGUGGAGAUGGUCCAACGAUGCUUAUUCAAGAUGUCUCUCAACAAGACGCCAGGACCAGAUGGCUUUCCUGCGGAAUUUUUCAAGGCUACUUGGGAUAUUCUGGGUUCAGAAGUAGCAUCAUCUGUUCUUAACUUCUUCCGAUCCAACUUCAUGCCUACCUCCUUGAAUUCCACUUCACUGGUUCUCAUUCCCAAAAGACCUGGUGUAGAGGAGUUGAAAGAUUUUAGACCUAUUGCUUGUCUAAAUACGGUUUACAAGAUUAUUACAAAGCUGUUGACGGAGAGAAUCAAGAUUAUUCUUCCUAGCAUCAUCUUAUCCAAUCAGACGGCUUUUGUCAAGGAUCGCCUUUUAUUGGAAAAUGUCCUUUUGGCAUCAGACAUCAUGCAGGGCUAUCAUAGAGAGGGUUGUGACAGGCGGAUCACUCUUAAGGUUGACAUCUCAAAAGCCUUUGAUUCAGUUCGUUGGGAUUUUCUCUUGAGCGUUCUUCAGGCUUACAGAUUUCCUCCAGCCUUUAUCAAAUGGGUUAAGUGUUGUGUUUGCUCACCAUCUUUCUCAGUGAGUAUUAAUGGAGUCACCUCUGGUUAUUUUAAGGGGAAGACAGGAUUGAGACAAGGUGACCCUCUCUCACCCAUCCUUUUUGUCCUGAUAAUGAAUGUCUUAUCCCUAAUGCUCAAUAAGGCGGCUGUGGAAGGAUCCUUUGAUUUCCAUCCAGGGUGUGAAGAUCUUCAGCUAACCCAUUUGUGCUUUGCGGACGACUUACUUAUCUUUUUAGAGGGUUCUGAGCGUUCUCUACAUGGAGUUCUUUCUGUUCUUUCUGCUUUUGAAAGGAUAUCAGGUUUGGGUAUCAAUCUCCAAAAGACAUCCAUGUUUUGCCAAGGUGUAGACACGGACUCUCUUGACAGAAUUAAAGCUUUGUUUAACUUAGAAGCCUCGUCUCUUCCAAUUCGGUAUUUGGGUUUGCCACUUUUCUCAAAGAAGCUUUCCUUUGCUGAUUGUGAUCCACUUUUAACUUUGAUUCAAAAGAAGUUUGACUCUUGGUCAAACAAACUUCUUAGUCUUGCUGGCCGAUUAUCUUUGAUCUCUUCAGUUAUCUCAGGCAUUGUCGGCUUCUGGACUAGUGCCUUUAUUCUUCCCAAGAAGGUGAUCAAGAAAAUUAAUAGCUUAUCGAGCUCCUUUCUGUGCCAUGGGAAAACUGGAAUAUCUUCUGGGGCAAAGGUUUCUUGGAAGUUGGUAUCGUUUCCGAAAGAAGAAGGAGGAUUGGGCGUUAAAGAUAUUGAAAGCUGGAAUAAUGCCUCUGUCAUGAAACUGUUGUGGAUGUUAUUUUUCCGAACUGGAUCCAUCUGGGUUGCUUGGGUUAGACGAAGAUAUAUCUCUUCUUCCUCUUUCUGGGCAUUAAACGAGAAGAAUUAUUCCUUCUCGUGGAUGUUUAGGAAGAUUUUGAAGCUUCGUUCAACAGCCACUCAGUUUCUCAGGAUUAAACUUGGCAAUGGGGACUCUACUUUCUUCUGGGGGGAUCCGUGGACACCCUUUGGCCAUUUGCAUGCAUUUCUAGGUGAGGAAGGACCUUCUCGGUUGGGGAUUCCUCUCUAUGCGACGGUUUCUGAGGUUUGGAGUAACAAUGGAUGGAUUCUUCCUCCGGCACGCAUAGAACGCCAGGUUGCUCUCCACUCCUACCUUCUAACCAUUAGCUGUUCUUCUCAAAGUGAUAGUCCAAUCUGGUUAGUUAAUGGCACAUCUCAGCGUUCGUUUUCUUCGAAAUCGGUGUGGAAUGAGAUUAGAAUUUCAAAACCAGUGGUUCCAUGGGCUUCUUUAUUGUGGCAUAAAGCUGGUCUUGCUCGUCAUCAAACAACGACUUGGCUUUUUCUUCUGAAUCGGAACCCAACAAUGGAUCGUAUGUCCGCUUGGGGAUAUGAAACUGAUGGGAUCUGUCUUCUUUGUGGAACAGAAUUUGAAACUCGGGAUCAUCUGUUUUUCGAGUGCUCUUUCUCUAAUUUGGUAUGGCGAAGACUAACCCUUCACCUUCACCUCUAUAAUGUGCCAUUCAGUUGGAACCAUCUAAUACAUUGGCUCCUGGUUAAUCGCUUAGAAGCCUCUACAAGACUGGCUUUACUUCAAGGAUGGCAAGGAUCUAUUUAUGAAAUUUGGAAAGAACGAAACCGACGUAUGCAUGAUGGACUUUCACUUUCUUCUGGACAUGUGUUUAGAUUAAUUCUCUCCUCUGCCAUGGAAAAAUGCCGUGCUAUGCACAUUUUGGGAUCUUCUCAUGGGGAACUGCUUCUCCAAAAAUGGUCUCUCUCUAAUGGUUCCAGAUGA